AUGCGCCUCGACGCCCUCAUGGAGGCAAAGGGCGGCAUCUCCAGAGACAGCUUCUUGGCGAUGGUGGAUAUGGACGGUGACGGGUUGAUCAGCUACGAGGAAUACAUGCUCUUCCGCACCCUGCUGAGCUUGCCCCAACGGAAGCUAUCGAUCGCGUUUCGCAUGUUCGACCGUGACGAUUCCGGGGCUGUGGACAGCCACGAGCUUGAGUCCUUCAUGCAGGUGCUUCGAGGGGAGACGAACGUCGGGAGGACGGAGGGGGGCACGAACACUGAUGGCUUUGGCGACGUCGCGGACAGGCUCUUCUUCGCUGGCAACGGGAGCGGCAAGCUUACCCUUGAGCAGUUCAGCAUGUUCGUGCGGCUUCUCCAGCGGGAGGCCCUCGUGAUGCAGUUCAACCAGUGUGACGAGCGGGGGGACGGCAUGCUCACGGCGACAGACUUCGCCAAGUUCUUGGUCACCAAGGUGAACACGGACCGAAACAUGUACAAGGAGUACAUGCGGCGCGCGGAAUCGGAAGCUAUCUCCGACUUGAAGGUGGACAUCUCGCUCGAAGAUUUUCUGGCGUUUCAAGAGGUGCUGCAGCACUUGCCCGAGAUGGAGGUGGCGAUGAAGGUGUCGGGGAGCGUCGAAGGGAGAGGCUUGGACCGACAGGAGUUUGUCCGCGCCGUGCAGGCUGCGCUGGAAGGGGGGAGGCUGAGGCAGCAGCGAGCCAACGACCCGUUCCUCCUCAAAACCGUCCCCAUGCGGACAAGAAAACGCGACGUGCUCCGAAAGAUAAUAUUCAGGAAGCCUGGGCCGAAGAACAACAAGGCGGCCUCCAGAGCGAAUACCAAGGGUGGCGGCGGUGAGGUUGAGAACGCAGGGGGCUCCGCGGUUGCGGGGGGGGGGACCCAGGCGUUGCCGGCCGGGAUCGUGGACACGCUCUUCGUUCUCCUGGAUGUGGACGGCGACGGUCGUCUGGACCAGUCCGAGUUCAUGACCCUCAUGGAACGGCAGUCCGCGAUACCCGAUCCGCCGAGAACCCUAGGGGUGGUGGCCUUCAUGCAGCGCUUGAAGGACUGCGCGGAAAAUUCUCUCUUCUAGGCGACUACCGCAGCUCGGCGUGAAACGGUUCCGGUACCGAACGGGUACAGGCAAGAGGGGCGAGUCGGAUGACGUCACAGCCAACCAGGACCGUGGUCGCAGAAAAGCGCCUACGGAGGGAGGCACGCUUUUUUAGGGUCUUCGGGGUGUUCUGUCAGGCAGAGAGGACAUCUCUGUCGAGGAGAGGUCGGGUGAGCUGGCUAGGAGUUUGAGAGGGGGAGAAUUGGACGAGUUGUACUAUUUGGCAGAGAGAACACUACACCUCUGUUGAGAGCGAGGGUGGGCUAGCUAUAGCAGUUUGAGAGAGCGAGGGGACCUGGACG